CGGGCUUACCUGUGGAGUUGCAGGACCCGGGAGCCGCUCCGCCCGCCUGCAAGUUUGCAAUGCGGCCCGGCGGACUGGAGGAGGCCCCCUGGUGCCCGGAUGUCUAGCAAAAUUGGUGCGGAGCCUCAGCUGAGGAGAAGGCACAGCCCGGGCUCCGGGACGCUGCGGGGCGGGGAGGUGCAAGCUAGGCUGCCUCGGCUUUGACUUUGCAAACCCCCCUCCCUUUUUUUUUUUUUUUUAAAUCGAGGGAGCCCGGGCGCCUCCAAGCAAAUGGCAGAGAAGUUUUGGGGGGGCCGGAGGGGCGAGGGCGCAGCGGACUGAUGGCCAGAAGGCACCUGGCUUGCUAAGCUUCACUAUGGCUGCCCAGUCAAGCUUGUAUAAUGAAGAAAGAAAUCUGCGCCGUAUUCAAGAAAAAGAGAGGAGAAGUCAAGAAGCUCACCAGGAGAGAGAGUCGCUCCCAGCCAACGUUCCCCUCUUUGGCGAGCCCUAUAAGAUUAACAAAGCGGAUGAGCUGUCCAGCCGAAUUCAGAACAUGUUGGGCAAUUAUGAAGAGAUAAAAGAAUUCAUCACCACCAAAUUGCACCAGGAUUUCAUAGGGAUCCCCACGAGUGUCGUGCCUCUGAUCCCUCAGCGCCAACCAUAUUGCCCACUCUUCCCCGAAAAGACCAACGAUAUGUUACCCUCCUCAUUCCAGAGCAGCAUCCGCUACCACAAGCCCUUGGGACCCUUUGCUUCAGGUGCCCCUUCUGUGGGUUGCUCUGCUCACCACCAGAAACUUCACUCAAGGAUAGAAGCGACCUCCGAUUUGCAAACACAAGGUGGUGAGUUGUCCAACAGCCAGAAGCAAGCUCCUGAGCAGAGUCGUAAAAUUCAAGAGAUCCAAAGUAGGAUGUGCCCGAAGAAAAGUGAAAAACGCAUUGACGAGGAAAUUGCCAAAGAGCUGCAGGCUUCCCUAUCGGAGCUUUCCCCGUUGCUGUCCACGUUGUCUUCCCCGAUAGCACCCCUGUCUCCACUACAUUCCAGCCAGCAUGUCAGUUCCAGGUCUCACAGCAGCAGCAACUAUAGAAGCCACGGGACAAAGAGCUCCCCUUCUCAGGACCUAACGGCUGGAACACAUGAAAACAAAAGCCACGACGGCUUGAGUGGCCCAGUGGCUGUCACUUCCCAGGGUCCUCCCCAGACAUUUCCCUCCUCCUUACCAUCAGCAAUGAGUGCAAUACAGCAAAAACCGACUGCCUACGUCAGGCCGAUGGAUGGUCAAGAUCAGGCGCCAGAUGAGUCACCAGAGCUGAAGCCACUACCUGAGGAGUACCAUGAACCAUCGUAUGGGAAAAUAGCAGAUAUCAAAGCAAACUCCAAGGCCAAGUUGCCCACGCUGAAAAUACCUACUGAACCAGUUGAGCAAUCCUUCUCCAAUGAAGUUCAUUGUGUUGAAGAAAUUUUAAAGGAAAUGACCCAUUCAUGGCCGCCUCCUUUGACAGCUAUCCAUACUCCUAGCACAGCUGAGCCUUCUAAGUUUCCUUUUCCUGCAAAGGAAUCCCAGCAUGCUGGAUCAGUAAUACAGAGCCAGAAACAGUAUGAUGCACCUUCUAAAGCUUUGUCUGUUUCUCAGCAAGGAACAUCGUAAGUAGCUAAACUUUAUUUUUCUG